AUGAAUGUUGCUAGUACAGAAACAAAAAUAAAACAAUGUUAGUUAGCUUUGUAUUGCUGACAGUCUUAAAAAUCCACGAAGGCCAAUGUUUGGAAGGUCUGAAUGUGUGUGAAGACCGGAGAAGCAAAAGAGAGUAUUGUUGUGCAGGCUAUGAAGAGAUACAUGCUUUAUGUAUAGAGUGCAACAUUGGUUUUACAUCUAUAAACGGAGACUCAUGCACCCCAUGUGGAAACAAUAGAUUCGGUAAAAGAUGUCUAGCUCGUUGUAACUGUCAAAGUGUAGAGAGAUGUGAUAAUGUAGUUGGGUGUGUACCAAAAAUAGAAGUAAGGGAAGACGCUGCUUUAUCUACACAAGAUAAGGAGAACAGCUUUUCUGAAGCAAUGACGGAAAGUGUUGCUGCAACCACCAAAACAAAGAAUAAUAGCCUUUCCGUGACAAUCAGGGAUAAUGACUUUGCGUACACUUUAUCAGGCAAGCAAUUUUUGAUUCAAUAG